AUGUACCUCUAUCCAGAGUCAGACCGCGAUGACAUUGGUUGUGUUGCCACUGUCAAUAACCAAAGCUACAUCUACAACACCAUCCUCCAAACCAACAUCCAAAACCUACGCAACAAAUACUCAAAAGCUAUAAUUGUUUAUGCUGAUUACUGGAAAGCUUAUCGCUCCAUUGUCAAGAAUGCACCAAAGCUUGGGUUCCACGAGGUUUACAAGGCUUGUUGUGGGUCUAGUGGUGGUCCCUACAACUUUGAUUUUUCAGGUACUUGUGAGUCUGAUUCUGCGAGUUCGUACAAAAACCCAUCUCAAUAUAUCAACUGGGACGGGGUUCACCUUACCGAGGCUAUGUAUAAAGUAGUUUCCGAGUUGUUUCUCAAUGCUGCUUUCACUUAUCCGCCAUUCAAGUCCUUGUUAAGAAGCAAGCAAAACUCGGCUUAG